CAUUACACUACUCAGAAAAAACUAGAGGUGUUAGUUCGAAAGUCCAGACCAAGUGCAGGAAGGUCGAGUCUAAUUUUUAAACUUGAGGCAUGCUAAAUUAUUGAGUUCAAGUGAGUCGAAAUCUAUAUUAAAUAUUUUUCGAGUUGGUUUCAUAUUGGAUCAGGUUUUGACACCUUUACAACAACAACAACAACAACAACAACAACAAAAAAAAACUUUAGUCAGAAACCAUACAGGGUAAAGUAACUUAUUACUACAAUCAUCUGUACAAAAAAAUUGGAGAAAUUUCAUGAACCUCUAAAUAAAAUGGCAUCUGAUGAAAACUUGAAAGAUCUGCAAUGGGUACUGCAAGUGUUGGAAUCAGAAAACUGCAUAAAUCUGCAGAAAGUUUCCUUCUUUCUUUCUCAUCAAAUUUCAGGCUGUCAACAAGAAACAGAAUCCUGCAUCAACAUAAACCUGUCAAAGGAAAACAAUGCUCUAUUUUCAUUCCUCCUUACACAGCUCUCAACAAUGAUGAAAAACAGCGCGACGUCAGGCUUAAGAAACUUGGAGUUCCAUAGAGUAGUAUGGGAAGUUGAGUAUCUUCGGAGCCUCAAAUCAUUGCUUGAAAACAACCCGGCAGUUAAGCAAAUCAUGUUUCGAAGAAAUGACUUCAGUUCAGACUGCUUGAAGGAAUUGUCAGAGAUUCUGAAGGCUGCUGAUAAUCUGAAGGAAAUUGUGUUCUGUGAAUCCUGCAUUGGAGUCAGAGGUGCUGGGAUGAUAGCUGAUGCUUUGAAGGCGAAUGACUGCGUAGAAGAGCUGCAAAUUUGGGAAGAUUCAAUUGGGUUAAGAGGGGCAGAAGAGCUGUCAAAGAUGGUUGAAGUUAAUACAUCUCUGAAGCUACUGACAGUAUUCGAUUCAAGCUCGUUUAUAGCAACACCGAUAAUUUCAGCAGUUUUAGCUAGGAAUAGAGACAUGGAAGUUCACAUUUGGAGCGCGGAAAAGAGAGAAAGAUGCACAAAAGUGGUGGAGUUUGUGCCAGAAAGUAGCACACUCAGAAUAUACAGGCUUGACAUAUCAGGAAGUUGCAGGGUUGUCUGUGCUCUCGGUAUGAAUACAAUAGUUAAGGUUCUUGAUAUGACAGGAGUUAGACUGAAGUCGAAAUGGGCGAGGGAGUUCAGAUGGGUGUUGGAGCAGAAUAGAACUCUGAAAGAAGUGAAAUUGUCAAAAUGUUGUUUAAAAGAUAAAGGGGUUGUUUAUGUAUCAGCAGGACUAUUUAAGAACAGAAACUUGGAGACUUUGCAUUUAGAUGGGAAUUGUUUUAGUGGGGUAGGAGUAGAGCAUUUGCUUUGCCCGUUGAGCAGAUUUUCUGCCCUGCAAUGCCAAGCAAACACGACACUGAAAUCGCUUACAUUUGGAGGGGAAAGAAUGAGAGUAGGGAGGGCAGGCUUGGAAGCGAUCCUGCAGAUGAUCACGAGCAAUCAGAGCCUGAGUAGGCUCGGCAUAGUUGAUGAUCAGGGGCUGAGACCUGGUGACAUUGUCAGAAUUUUUCAGACUUUGGAAAAAAAUGCGUCGUUGAAGUAUCUGUCAUUGAAGGGUUGCAGGGGAGUUAAGGGAGAGUCUGUUUUACAGGCGAUUGUGGGGACUUUACAGGUGAAUCCUUGGAUUGAAGAGAUUGAUCUUGAGGAUACGCCGUUGCAUAAGGCAGGAAUGGCUGAAGGGAUAUAUCAGAAACUGGGUCAGAAUGCAAAGUCUGAACCUGAUAUGGAUUUUUUUAAGGAUAUGCCGAUGAUUACACCCAAGAGCUGUCGAGUUUUCGUCUGUGGGCAGGAAUAUGCAGGUAAAAGUUCACUAUGCAAUUCAAUAUCCUACAAUUUUUCAUCAACCAAGCUACCUUAUGUAAACCAAGUCCGAACUUUGGUGAACCCGGUUGAACAAGCAAUCAAAUCAGAGGGGAUAAAAAUCAGUAGUUUCAAAGAUGAAGACACAAAGAUAACCAUAUGGAAUCUGGCUGGUCAGCAAGAACUGUGUUCUCUGCAUGACCUUAUGUUCCCAGGGCAUGGGAGUGCAUCAUUUUUCUUAGUUUUGUUGAGUAUGUUCAGAAAACCGAGUAACAAAGAGAUGAAAGACCCGGCUGAAAUUGAAGAAGACUUGCAGUACUGGCUCAGAUUCAUCGUCUCUAACUCAAGUAGAGCAGUCCAACAAUGCAUGCUUCCGAAUGUGACCAUAGUUUUAACACACUUUGACAAAGUCAUUCAGCCCUCUCAGAAUUUUCAGGCUAUUGUGAACCUAAUCCAAGGAAUGAGAGACAAAUUCAACGGUUUUCUUGAGUUUUAUCCAACUGUUUUUACGGUUGAUGCAAGAUCAUCAACAUCUGUAAGUAAACUUGCUCAACAUUUAAAGAACACGAGCAAGAUGAUCCUACAAAGGGUUCCUCGAGUUUAUGAGCUGUGCAAUGACUUAGCAGAGAUACUGUUGGACUGGAGGAAAGAACAUGACAACAAACCUGCUAUGAGCUGGAAAGAAUUCUGUGAGCUUUGUCAGGUCAAGGUUCCACCUUUGAGGGUUCGGUCUAGGUUUGAGAACAAAGAGAAGACUGAUAUGAGAAGGCGGGCAGUUGCUAGUUGUCUUCAUCAGAUAGGAGAGGUUAUCUACUUUGAUGAUCCUGGUUUACUUAUCCUGGAUUGUGAAUGGUUUUGCCAAGAAGUGUUGGGAAAAUUAGUCCGAUUAAGAACAGCUCGAAAGCAAGGAUCAAUCAGGAAUGGUUUCAUAAGCAGGAAAGACUUGGAAAAAAUUCUGAAAGGAAGUUUUCAGAGUCAGCUUCUAGGGAUGAGUUCUAAGGUUUUCGAGAAUUUGGAGGCCACUGACCUUGUUAAGCUGAUGCUAAAGUUAGAACUAUGUUUUGAACAAGACCUAAACGAUCCAAACUCAGCCAUAUUUGUCCCUUCAUUUCUUGAAGAGGGGAGGCAAAAACAACAAAAGUGGCAGCUCAGUUCAUCUGAUUGUGUGUAUGCAGGACGGCAUCUUGAGUGUGAUGAUUCAAGCUGCACUUUUUUGACUCCUGGCUUCUUUCCUCAACUACAGGUGAAUCUCCACAAUAAAUUCAUGGAACUGAAAGAUCAGCAUGGAGCGACUUACAGCAUGGAAAACUCUCUCAUUUCAAUAAACAUCAAUGGAAUUGACGUCAGAGUGGAGCUUGGUGGACAUUUGUGCCAUUAUAUCGAUAUCUUGGCUUGCUCUACCAAGAAUCUAACAGAAACACUCCGACUUAUCCAUCAUCUCAUAAUUCCUGCAAUUCAUGGCCUCUGCCAAGGAGUUGUAUUGAUUGAAAACAUCAUUAGACCUGAAUGUGUGAGAAGUUUGAUUCCUCCUAGAUACAGAAAGACUCAGUUAAUUGCACUACACAAACUGAAAGAAGCUCUACUAACUGUUUCAGCAGAUGGAAUGUAUGAUUACCAGCAUACAUGGAGUGCAGUAUCUGAUGCAGGAAAGCCCGUCAUAAGAGCAGGCUUUGAUUUUGCAAGGGACCUCUUGUCAGACGAUGACUUUAGAGAGGUACUUCAUAGAAGAUAUCAUGAUCUUUACAACCUAGCAAAUGAACUUGAUGUCCCUCCAGAUGACGACCCUGAUAGUGUAGCAGUCGUGACUUCAGAAAGUGUUGAUCCAUCAUUCAGUGGGAUAGCUAAGGGAGUAGAGCAAGUUUUACAGAGGCUGAAGAUCAUCGAACAGGAGAUCAGAGAUCUAAGGCAAGAGAUACAAGGGCUGAGAUACUACGAGCACAGGCUUUUGCUUGAACUACACCGCAAAGUUGAUCAUUUAGUCAACUACAAUGCACACAUUGAAGAAAGGAAAGUGCCAAACAUGUUCUUCUUUGUGAGAACAGAAAAUUAUUCCAGGAAACUUGUGACCACAAUCAUUUCAGGAAUGACAGCAAUGAGACUCCACAUGUUGUGCGAGUUUAGGAGGGAGAUGCAUGUGGUAGAAGAUCAAAUGGGCUGUGAAGUUAUGCAGAUUGAUAAUGUCGCAGUCAAAUGCUUGGCACCCUACAUGACAAAGUUCAUGACACUAUUAACAUUUGCCUUGAAGAUAGGUACACAUUUGGCUACAGGAAUGGGAUCUAUGAUACCUAAUUUAGGCAAAGAAGCUGCCCACCUGCUCGAUUCUUCUCUUCUGACUGGAGCAGCCGGGGCAGCAGGUGCAGCAGCUAUCGGAGCAAUGGCAGUGGGGAACAGUAGGACAAGAGACAGAUCACGAAAUAUUCAGCAGGAUCAAAGAGCAGCACAGCAGUGGGUUCUUGAUUUCCUGAGGGACCGAGGCUGCUCAGCUGGAAGAGAUAUCGCAGAGAAGUUUGGACUGUGGAGAGUGAAGUAUAGAGAUACAGGACAAGUUGCAUGGAUUUGUAGGAGGCACAUGAGUUUAAGGGCCAAUGAAAUAGUUGAAGUACCCCUUUAAAGUUACUACUAUGAUACAAUAUUGAUACUGAAGAAUCUUCCUUAUCUUUUGAUGACAUAUAAUCUUUUCUUUUUCUUGUAGAAGCCAUCAAUAUUCAUAAACUGUAUAAUCCCUUCUGAUAUGAGUGCUUUCUGAUGUU